AUGGAGGCGAUCGCCAGUCAGAUGGGAAAUGGGAGAGAUGCAAGCUCCUCCCCAAAUUCAAAGCAAGAGCUGCAGCCGUACCAGGGCUCCAAUACCCUCAAGCCCAACCAAGUGGGUGAGACCUCUCUGUACGGAGUGCCCAUCGUGUCCCUGGUCAUCGACGGGCAGGAGCGGCUGUGCCUGGCGCAGAUCUCCAACACGCUGCUCAAGAACUACAGCUACAAUGAGAUCCACAACCGGCGGGUGGCCCUGGGCAUCACCUGCGUGCAGUGCACGCCGGUGCAGCUGGAGAUCCUGCGGCGGGCCGGGGCCAUGCCCAUCUCCUCCCGCCGCUGCGGCAUGAUCACCAAGCGGGAGGCGGAGCGGCUCUGCAAGUCCUUCCUGGGCGAGCACAAGCCGCCCAAGCUGCCCGAGAACUUCGCCUUCGACGUGGUGCACGAGUGCGCCUGGGGCUCGCGGGGCAGCUUCAUCCCGGCGCGCUACAACAGCUCCCGCGCCAAGUGCAUCAAGUGCAGCUACUGCAGCAUGUACUUCUCCCCCAACAAGUUCAUCUUCCACUCGCACCGCACCCCGGACUCCAAGUACACGCAGCCCGACGCCGCCAACUUCAACUCGUGGCGCCGCCACCUCAAGCUCAGCGACAAGACGGCCACGGAGGAGCUGUCGCACGCCUGGGAGGAUGUCAAGGCCAUGUUCAACGGCGGCACCCGCAAGCGGACCUUCUCCCUGCAAGGCGCCCCCGCCGCCGGCCCCGGCGGCGGCUCGCCGGCGGCCAAGGCCUCGCUGCACCCGCCGCCUCCCGCCGGCCCCGAGCUGGCCCCGGCGCACAAGAGCCUGCGCUGCAGCGGGCAGGAGCCGGCGGGCGAGCGCGGAGCGCUGGGGCUGCCCGCGGCGCACGGCGGGGCGGCGGGGGCGCACGGCGGGGCGGGCGCGGUGCGAAGCUACCCGGUGAUCCCGGUGCCCAGCAAGGGCUUCGGCAUGCUGCAGAAGCUGCCGCCGCCGCUCUUCCCCCACCCGUACGGCUUCCCGGCCGCCGCUUUCGGACUGUGCCCCAAGAAGCAGGAGGACGCGCUGGGCGGCGCGGGCGGCGGCGAGCCGGGCAAGGGCGGCGCGCUGCCGUCGGGGAUGUUCUGGGGGCCGCCGCACCCGCACCCGCACCAGCCGGCGCAGCCGCCGCACCAGCCCGGCGCCGCCAAGGACGGCGGCGUCUACCCGUCCUUCCCCAUGUUCUGGCCGGCCGCCGGCAGCCUGCCCGUGCCGCCCUACCCGGCGCAGAGCCAGGCCAAGGCGGCGGCCACGGCCGUCGUGGUGGCGGCGGCGGCCGCGGCGGCGGCGGCGGCGGCCGAGCCGUCGGGGCUGGCGGGGCGGCACGGCGAGCCGGAGGGCUCGGAGCCGUCGGGCAGCGGGCGGAGCAGCGCCACGCCGCAGGAGGGCUCCGGGGCCGACGGCGAGCGCUGCUCCAGCGCGCUGUCGAGGGCGGCCGGCGAGGAGGAGCGCUCCGGGGACGAGGCGCUGCUCGGCCCGCUGCCCCUGCCCAGGAAGGGCAGCUACCUGUCCGCCUUCCGCCCGGUGGUGAAGGACACCGAGAGCAUCGCCAAGCUCUACGGCACCCGCGAGGCGUACGGCGGCGGCGGCGGGGCCGCCCGCGGGCCCGGCUACCUCUCCCCGGACUUCCUCAGCGAGGGCAGCUCCAGCUACCGCUCGCUCUCCCCCGGGGGGGACACGGCCGAGGAGCCCGAGGUGGACGUGGAGUCCAACCGCUUCCCGGAGGACGACGACGAGGACGCCGCCGCCGCCGCCGCCUCCGCCGCGGCACCGGAGGAGCGGGAGCCGCCGCCGCCCCGGCUGCUGGCCGGGCCCGAGGAGCCGCUGCCCGCCGCCACCGACGGGCCCGAGGAGAAAGCGGGCGAGGCGGCGGCGGAGGAGGGCGGCCAGCCCCCCGACGGCAGCCCCGAGCGGAGCAGCAGCGGCAGCGCCUACGAGGUGUACGCGCCGGAGCGGGGGGAGCAGCACCUGCAGGCGCUGAAGACCACCUCCUCCCUGGGAGCCUCGGCCGCUUACCUGUGCACCCCCGAGGCCAAGGAGCAAGAUAAAGAAGACAAUCACUCGACGGCAGAGGAUUUAGAGACCAGAAAAUCCUAUCAGGACCAAAGGAACGUCUCGCAUCCCAGCCCUGUAAAUACCGACAGAGGAGAGGACGGCCUCGGCAUGGACGUGGCGGGGACGCAGCUGGUGGAAAAGGACAUCGAAAACUUGGCCCGAGACGAGUUGCAAAAACUGGUCCUGGAGCAAAUGGAGCUGAGGAAGAAGCUGGAGAGGGACUUCCAGAGCCUGAAAGACAACUUCCAGGACCAGAUGAAGCGGGAGCUGGCGUACCGCGAGGAGAUGGUGCAGCAGCUCCAGAUCGUCCGAGAUACGCUGUGCAACGAACUGGACCAGGAGAGGAAAGCGCGCUACGCCAUCCAGCAGAAGUUGAAAGAGGCCCACGACGCGCUGCACCACUUCUCCUGCAAGAUGCUGACCCCGCGGCACUGCACGGGGAACUGCUCCUUCAAGCCGCCGCUGCUGCCCCAGUGA